AUGUCACACCAGGACACACAAGCCCAAAGCCCUCUUCUCAACCGUCUCCCAGCCGAGAUCCGGAAUAAGAUAUACAUCCACAUAUUCACUAUCCCCUCGUCGGUCUUCCCAGCAGAUCAGCGCGCACCACACCCACUUUCCCUUCUGUUGACGUGCAAACGCGUCCACGCCGAAGCUCACAUCCUAGCUUUCAGGACCUACACCUUCCCCCUCCGAUCAUGGAUAUCAGCUACAUACAUCCAUCUAAGCGCCAGCGUAUCCCAUCUCCCAGCAUCUUACAUGUCAGCCAUUCACUCACUCUCGGUGCCAUCUAGCCGCAACACGGGCGCGUUCUUGGCCAACGCACUGCUCGUGUUUCCUCACCUGCGGCAGUUCAUCGUAAAUAGCGAGACGACGGGCUCCCGGGGAGCUCAGAGCGGGAAAUGCAGCGUCUCUCGCGCCUCGAACCGCCUUGCGUUCCCCGCGGGCGUGUGCGACACCGCUGUCACAGAGGAUCCUGCGCACCGCGCCGUCGCACGCUACGCGCCGCACGCUCUCACUGCUCUCCUUGCUACGGUGACGGAGGGAAGUGCGUACAGAUGGCAGAAGGGACGCACGUGGAGGGCCGAGUGGCCGCAGCUGAAUAGCGAGUACUUGUACUCCGCGAUCCAGUGCGACGGGCACGAGGUGAGGGAAGAGCUGAUCAUGGAUGGAGAUGCUGUUGGCUUGGCUGGCGGCGUGGAUGUGUGUGUUUGUGGAUGUGAAGUUGUGAGUUGGACGGCAGCGGUGUUGGUGCAGGAGGGAGGACGGCGGGUCCAUGUCCAUGUCGCGUAUUGCCGAGAGGCGGAUGAGGGAAAGUGUGAUGACGCUUCAAGUACAUCCCACGAGAUCAGGCUGGUGCCGGGUAUUGCACCGGCCAGUGGGGUUGUGGCCGAGCGUGCUGGGUUCAGAUGUGAACCUGGCGAGGAGUACUGGGAGGCUAUGAGGCGGAGGAAUGGGCACCUUGGGGCAUUGUGUCGAGGGCUGUGGAGGAAAGCGAUGGCGUUCGAGAACGAGAGCUAUUCUAGGCUGACGGCUCGGAAAAGAGAGGCGAUGGAUCUGAAUUGA